AUGAUCCUCCCCGAGCACCCUAUCUAUCAUUUCCACCAAUACUGCAUAUUAUGCAUUGUUAUUCGAGUCGGGGCUACUCACGUCAACGAGUUUGGCAACGAUGUCGAUUCCCAAGCCGCGGGCGGGCUCUCCAAGGUCUUGCCUAUCUGUAUUGGUGCCCGCGUUAUGUUGACUGAGAAUAUCUGGACCGAGAACGGCCUCAAUGGCUCCAUUGGCAUCGUCGAGGAUCUUGGCUGGGAUCGACCCAGCGGUAUUAACCCUCGCCGUAUUGCACCCGAGGUUAUCAUGGUACGCUUUGAAGGCUACAUGGGACCUUCAUACUACAACGAUGACACUGAGAUGUCGAAGAUCGUUCCAAUCUUUCCAUCGAAGCGCGGAUAUCUUCAUGGCAACAAGUUGUGCAGUCGAACCCAGUUUCCUCUUACUAUCGCGUACACUAUCACAGUAUAUAAGCCACAAGGUAUCACACUUGACCAAGUAGUUGCCGACCUGUCGUCUAAAGGCUUCGCGGUCGGUUUGACGUAUGUGACAGUUUCACGAGUUCGCACUCUUCAAGGAUUGAUGUUCGACGGGCCUUUCGAUCACUCGGAUGUUGUUGCUCGCACUGACUCCGAGGGUGGCUCAAGAGAAUAG